CAGAACCUGCGUGCGGUGGGGCCCCAAACCUGCACUGGGAGCGCGCGUGCGCUGGACAGAGCCUUCCUGACCUUCCCUGCCCCUAAUCAGGACAUCUGCGCCCGCUUCCCUCAGGCUGGGGAGUGCGGGGAUCUGUGCAGUUUGUUCUGCCCUCGGCCCGUCCCAGCGCCCAGCAUCACUGGGAGGUACAAAGAAGGCUCCUAAUGGGUGUGCGAACCACAUGGCAGGGCAGGGCACCUCCUACAGCAGUGACAGCUCCUUUUCGUGCGCGCUGCCUCACACCUGUCCAGACUGGGCGCUUUCAAGCACUUCUGGUUCCAUCCGCGCCCCGGAAAAUGCUGGGGUGCUGGUCUGCAUUUCCCAGCUGAGGCAACUAAAGCCAGAAAAAAAUAAUAUGCAAUAUAUGAAGGAGCCGAGUUCCCCCAACCUCCCCAACCACUGAACGGCUCUGUGUGCCCUUUCGUGGGAGAAGAGGGGGGCGGGGAGGCGGGAGACUGGAGACCAACAGAGACCUUAGCAACACAAGCCCUAGUGUCGCAACAGCAGGCCAGUAAACGAAGCUGCAUUGGGCUUGGGGCAGCCAGAGUUCCUUUUGCCUAUGGAGCGAGCGGCAGCCUCAGGCCCCAGGCCAGGGGCCCCAUCUCAGGCCAUUAAGAAUGUGAGUCCUCCCGGGAUGCUGCUGCUUCUGCCUUGGGGUUGGGGUCCUCCCUGACCCCUCAGGAACAUGUCCUGGGCCUGAUCCUUGGCAUGGGCCUGGCUUCCCCAUCAGCUAGGCUGGGUAUGUGGGGGUAGAUGUGGGUGUGUGGGGGUUACAGCCUAGGCCUGAGACCCACCUGUGGGAUGGGUGGUGGUUCCUCCCCAGGUUCUACCACUGACUGAGGAUUCGCUGCCAGGAGUCCCUAGGGACGCCCCAGCCUGGGUCACCAGUCUUAAGACAGAGCUUCCCUCAGAUCUAGAACUGAGUGAGGAGCAACGGCUGCAAGUACCACCUCUCACCCCGGCCACCCACAGAUCUCCAAGGAGCUGGUCGACCUGCAGAUCACAACCCAUCGUCUGCGGGAGCAGCACGAGACUGAAAUCUUUGAGCUGAAGAGUGAGGUGGGCGCUGACGUGUGCCCACAUAUGCCAGCCCAAGUCCUUGGCGGGAUGUGUACCUAGGACCAGUGCUAUGGGGGGUUGCAGGUGUGCCCCUCGUGACGGGUGACAGGGUUCUCACAGAGUACCUGAGUCCCUGAAUGUCCCGCACGCGCUGUGUCCACGUGUGCCCAGAUGGAUGUUCAUCUGGCCCAGCAGGCAGGUGCACCUGCUCACCCUGGUCACCCCACAGGUCCUGCGGCUGGAGAACCGGGUGCUGGAGCUGGAGCUGCAUGGAGAUCAUGCAGCCUCAGCAAAGACUGAUCCAGGGCACCUCCAGGCAUUUGCACAGGAGCUUGAGCAAAAGGCCAGGGAUCAGGAACACUGCAACCAUCGCAUUCUUCAGCUACAGGGAGAAAUGAAGUGGAUGCUGGAGCAGCACGGGGCCCGCCAGCAAGCACUGGAGAUGCGCGUGGCAGCCCUGGGCCAGCAGCUGCAAGGAGCCCAAGAGGAGGCCAGGACAGCUGGGCAGCGACUGGCUGCACAAGCUGUGGCGUUGUCCACCUGCCAGGGCCAGCUCCGCCAGGCUGAGGCUGAGAAUGCCAGGUUGCAGUUGCAACUCAAGAAGAUGAAUGAGGAGUACACCAUCCGGCUGCAGCGCUACUCCCGAGCCCUGGUGGAAUACGCAGAUGGCACAAGCCAGGCACCUACAGGUGUAGCCCUCCAGACAUUCCUGGAGACCACUCUGGAGGACAUCCGAGCAGCACACCACAGCCGUGAGCAACAGCUGGCCCGAGCUGCUCGAGUCUACCGUAAGCGCCUGGCAGACCUGAGCCAAAGACAUGAAGAACUGUUAGGUGCCCACAGCUGGUUUAGUGUGCAGCAGGUGCUGGCGGACCCCAAAGGAGCACCUGGGAAACCCAAGGCCACCUCUGAUGAAGUCACCUCAAACCUGGAGCCACUGCCUCUGCGCCUGGUCACACAGCUCCAGAAGCUCCAAGUCCAGAAGAGACCUGACGAAGCCUCCCAGGGGAGCGCAUCAGAGCCACAGAGCCUGGAAGCUGAAUCCUGGGCCCAGAUCCACCAGAAACUCCGGGACUUCUAUCAUAGCACCCAGGCAAAGCUGGAACGUGAGCGGGCAGAGCUGCUAGUCAGAGCCACGAUGGCUGAGGCACAACUUUCUGAGCUUCAGGAGUAUGUGGACCAGCACUUAGGCAGGUACAAGCAGGAGAUCCUGAGGCUGAGGAAGCUGGUGGGUCCAGGAGAACCACAGAAAGUGAAGGCCGUACCUCCAACCAAGCCUCAGCGCCCAAGGACCCACAGCCGCUAACCAGUAUCAGAUAAACUCGGAGCACAC